AUGCUGUUUGUGAAUUGCCCACUCCUGUCCGACCAUUUCGGCAACCUCGAGCACAAGAUGGCACUGUCGCAUCAGCCACGGUUGCUUGGUUACGUCCAAACCGCAGGAGGGUGCCGACACAUCUUCAUCACAACGUCGGAGUUCGAUGAUUCGGGUGUUGGAUGUGGACACGAUCCUGGAUGUCACAAUGCCGGUUUCACGCAGGUCGGUGCAGAGCAAGUCCAAUCUUGCGCCGCCUCGGCUGCCGUGGGCCAGAAGUUGGACCUGCAUCGUGUUGAGUGGCCGGCGCAUCCGACGAGCGCGAAACAAUGCACGAAGCGACUGUCAGCGAAGCAGCGAAAGGCCAUAAGGGAGAUCUCGCUUCUGAAAGAGCUACAGCACCCCAACAUUGUCAGGCUUUGUGACGUGAUUCACACGGAACGAAAGUUGACGCUGGUGUUUGAGUAUUUAGAUCAAGACCUCAAGAAGUUGCUGGACAUGUGCGACGGUGGCUUGGACCCUGCAACCACCAAGUCAUUCCUGUACCAGCUUCUACGAGGUAUUGCGUAUUGCCAUGCGCAUCGGGUCCUGCACCGGGAUCUGAAACCCCAGAACUUACUGAUCAAUAGGGAAGGCUCGCUCAAGUUAGCCGACUUUGGUUUAGCUCGCGCUUUCGGCAUCCCUGUGCGGAGCUACACGCACGAGGUUGUGACUUUGUGGUACCGAGCGCCUGAUGUGCUGAUGGGUUCUCGCAAGUAUUCGACACCUGUAGACAUUUGGUCCGUCGGCUGCAUCUUCGCAGAAAUGGUCAAUGGUCGCCCUCUGUUUCCUGGCGACACAGACGCGAACCAGCUUCAGAAGAUCUUUAAGAUCCUUGGUACUCCGUCGGAGUCUACUUGGCCGACAAUCACAGAGCUUCCGGACUGGAAGCCUGACUUUCAGCAGUUCGAGCCUCAGGCGUGGAAGAGCAUUGCGCCAAACCUUGAUGCUGGGGCCCGAGUCAAGACUUGCAUAGUUUUCUCGAGACAAAGGACUUCUGGAUUGUGCUAG